AUUUCCUAAGCGUAAAACCAACUUUGUGAUUUUUAGAUCCACGAGUAAUUUCUUAUCCUUUGAUGGAUUCACCAUACAAGACAUACGCAGGUGUUAUCAUUUUUCUUAUUUAUAUCAAAAUAAUUGGACCUAAGAUGAUGAAAAACAGGAAUCCAUAUGAUUUAAGAACACCGAUGCUUCUUUACAACAUUGUUCUUGUAGCUUUAAGUGGAUGGAUGUUUUAUAGGUUUGCUGCUUACGGCUGGUUUAAUAACUUCAGCUGGAUAUGUGAACCUAUGGAUUUUUCGAAUAAUGAUGCUGCCGUCAAAAUGCUUGAAGCCUUUUACGUCUACUAUAUAUCAAAAUUCAUUGAAUUUCUAGACACAGUAAGUAUUUUGUCAAAAUAUAUUGUUUGA